AUGGGCGAGGCGAACCUCGCCAUCGCCGUGGCCGUGGCUGCCCCGCCGGCGCCCCCCGCCGCCAUGUCCGCCCGCCUCGUCACGGCCGCGCAGCAUGCGGGGUUAGCGGCGUGCGCCGCGCGCCACUUGCACGCCUCGGCGCAGAGGCCCGCCGCCAAGAUGAGCCCCGCCGAGCUCACGAAGAUCCUCAGCGACCGCAUCUCGAACUUCUCCGACCAGCAGGACGUCCAGGAGGUCGGCCGUGUGCUCAGCGUCGGGGACGGCAUCGCCCGCAUCUACGGCCUCAAGGGCGUGAAGGCCGGCGAGAUGGUCGAGUUCUCCAGCGGCCUCAAGGGCAUGGCCCUCAACCUGGAGACCGACAACGUCGGCGUGGUGGUGUUCGGGGACGACCGCGCCAUCGUCGAGGGCGACAGCGUCAAGUGCACGGGCACGAUCGUCGACGUGCCCAUCGGCGAUGCCCUCCUGGGGCGCGUCGUGGACGCCCUGGGGACCCCCAUCGACGGCCAGGGGCCCAUUGCCACGAAGGAGCGGCGCCGGGUGGAGCUCAAGGCCCCCGGCAUCAUCCCGCGCCAGAGCGUGCACGAGCCGAUGACCACCGGCCUGAAGGCGGUCGACAGCCUCAUCCCCAUCGGCCGCGGCCAGCGCGAGCUCAUCAUCGGCGACCGGCAGACGGGCAAGACGGCCAUCGCGAUCGACACGAUCUUGAACCAGAAGUCGAUCAACGCGUCGCCGGACAAGAAGGCGCACCUGUAUUGCAUCUACGUCGCGGUCGGCCAGAAGCGCUCCACCGUCGCCCAGCUCUUCGAGAUCCUGCGCAAGAACGACUGCCUGAAGUACACCACCAUCGUGGCGGCCACCGCCUCGGACGCCGCGCCGCUGCAGUUCCUCGCCCCCUACACGGGCUGCGCCAUGGCGGAGUACUUCCGCGACACCGGCAAGCACGCCGUGAUCUUCUACGACGACCUCUCCAAGCAGGCCGUGGCCUACCGGCAGAUGUCCCUCCUGCUCCGCCGCCCGCCCGGCCGCGAGGCCUACCCGGGCGACGUGUUCUACCUCCACUCCCGCCUGCUCGAGCGCGCGGCCAAGAUGAACGAGGAGACGAUGGGUGGUGGCUCCCUGACAGCGCUGCCGGUCAUCGAGACCCAGGCUGGGGACGUGAGCGCCUACAUCCCCACGAACGUGAUCAGCAUCACAGACGGGCAGAUCUUCUUGGAGACGGAGCUGUUCUACAAGGGUAUCCGGCCCGCCGUCAACGUCGGCCUGUCGGUGAGCCGCGUCGGUUCCGCGGCGCAGAUCAAGGCGAUGAAGCAAGUGGCUGGUACUUUGAAGCUGGAGUUGGCGCAGUACCGUGAGGUGGCGGCCUUCGCGCAGUUCGGCUCUGACCUGGACGCGUCCACCCAGCACCAGCUGCUGCGCGGCGGCAUCCUCACCGAACUCCUGAAGCAGAAGCAGUUCGUGCCGAUGACUACGGCAGAGAUCAUCACGUCGUUGUGGUCGGGCACCCGCGGGUACCUCGACAAGGUGGCAACGAAGGAGGGGAGAAUCCUCCGCUUCGAGGCCCUGUGGCUCGAUUUCGUCAAGGGCAGCAAGGGCGAGAUCCUGGACACAAUCAUGACCAAGAAGCAGAUCACACCCGAGGUGGAGUCCGGGCUCAAGGCCGCCAUGGACGAGUUCCUGGGCAUGAACGAGUUCGAGGGCCGCGCGACGUAA